CACAUGGACUUUCCCCACGUGAAUCAAUAUUCAAGCCCCGAUCUCCCUGUUGAGCAAUGAGGCCAAAGAGAAGAGGGAGCUGAAAGACAGAUGAGACAGAGGGAGGGCUGUGGGAUGUCAUGUGUAAAGAAGGAGAUUCUCAUUGGAGGCAAAGAGAAAGAAGAUUGCUAUGCAUGUUUUCAGGAUAAAAAAAGAGAAACAAGGAAAACAAAAAGCAUCCUACACGCUGAAGCCAUUUUGGUCGCACUGCUACACUCUGGACUCCACAUCCGAUUGUUGCUAAGUAUCUUUGGUAAAAAGGCUCUAACAAGAGUGGAAUGAUGUCCUCCAAGCUGAAGUGGCUGAUUGUGAUCCAGCUCCUGCUGAAUGAACAGGCUCUGUGCAGGGUGCCACCUCCUCUGGCGCUGAGAAACACUCUGCUUCCAGGAGCUGACUUCAUUGAAGAGGGAGAGGAGACAGCCAAACAGGAUCCACAGUCUCUCCUUGGAUCCCAACUCCAUCUCGGCAUCCCGUCUGCAGAAAAGCCUGAUCCUGCAUCAGUGGUUGCACAGGAAGAUGAGAGAAAUCGAUCUGCCAAAAAUAUAAUAUCAGGUCUCAGGGCAAAGCUUCCAGGGCAGAUUCAUGAUCAUCUCCACAUUCAGGGGAACGUCAGCUGUGAGGAGCUGCUGGCUGCCAGCACUCUGGACGACCCGUCAUCCUCCAUGUUCCCCCAGGAGCUGCUGGGUCUCUCUUUAGUGCCCGUGUUGGUGGUGGCGGGCUGCCCACAGGAGGCACAGACCCUGGUGCUCAAGCUGUACGACCUGCUGGGAGUGGCGGAUACGGAGGAGCUCCUGAUGGAGGUGGAGGGUCUGAUAGAGAGGAGGAUGAACAAGUCCCCACCUACACCUGCAUCAGCAGCAUCACCUUCAGGGAGGGAUCAAACAGGGCGCCAAAUAGAGGCUGUGAUGUUUAACAUCCAUCAGCUGGCCAUGGUGGGAGAAGGUUCCCCCAAGCAGGAAGGGCACUGUGAGGGUUGGAGCAGGGUGAGUGGGACCACGCUAGCAGGAACAGCUGUGGAGGGAGCCAGAGGUGAUCUCGAGGAGGCUGUGAGCGCCUGUGAGAGACUGGGAGCUCUGUGUGCUGGUGUGACCAGCAGUGGACUGCUCAAACCUGGGAAGUACCAGGCAGUGCUGAAGAAAGGCAGUCGUGUCCUGCCCUCUGAAUCCACGCUGUCUGAAUGCUGGAUCCGUCAGUGCAGUGCAGAGGAGGACAGUUUCACCCCAGCUGCUUCAGGUCAGCGGAUGAAGCGAAGCCCCCAGAGGACCUGCAUCAACAAAAGCGAGGAGCGUGUGUACAACGUGGUGGAGUGGAUCCCUGCAGUCAGCACCCUGUAUAACCUCGGCACAGCUGUGUACUACGCCUCAGUCAACUGCUCAGAAACAGCCAAGGAGAGAGCCAUCCUCAGCGCGGUUGACCUCGGCACGGAUGCUCUCAUGGUCGCCACCGGGGGGACUGCUGGGGUGGCAGGCUACGCCCUGGGUGCAGGGGUGAAGACUGGCGUGAAAGCCGGUGUCAAGUAUCUGCUCAACUCCAUGAAGGAGGAAGACGAUGUGCUGGUGAACCAGUUCAGCUGGGAGGAAGGCGUCAUCACCAUCCAGUAGACUGAAGGAUCAAUAAAGCAACCUUUGAAGCUUUAGCAAUAAAUAUUAAGAUUAGUUUAUACUUUUAUUUUUUAAACAAUGACACAAGAUCAAUGUUUGUUAACUGACAUGGUUGAAGAGUAACAUACUGGUUUACCAGACUUUAUAUAAUCUAGAUUAUUUGGGAAAAACAAGAUGACACAUUUUUGUAUUACUCAAAUUAUCAGAAUCAUGUUUUGAAAGGGGAAAAAGCUUUUAUUGUUUGUGUGAGUGCACACACAGACUUCACUUUACGCAGUUUGACACAAUAAUUAUUCUUUAAUGAAGAUGAUUUGUUAUUUUUUAAUUAAUCUGUAAAUUAUGUGAAUCAGUUUAUCUUUCUAAAAUGUAUAACUAAUAAUAAUAACUGUAAACUAUCUAUCUAUCUAUCUAUCUAUCUAUCUAUCUAUCUAUCUAUCUAUCUAUCUAUCUAUCUAUCUAUAUCUAAGAUCUCAAAGUAAGCUUUGGACCUUUUUGCUUGUAGAAAAACAGCUCUUUUUGUGUAUACUGGUUACAGUUUUUCUCAGUUGCUUUAGUGCAUUUCUCUGAUCAGAAUUAAAAUUCUCAAAACUGUUAGUUCAACCUCCACAACAUUUAGUCGUUUGUGCACAUCAUAAUAGCAGGUUCUCAUUCCUUCCAACAAAUUGCAAAUGCUUUUGGACAUGCAUCAAUUGCUUUCAUACAAUUCUCUGCUGUUUUAUAACAUUAUCAUUUGCUUAUGUCAUGUCAGUCAAAAUGAACUAUACUUAUGAAUGCUGAAUAGUCAUUCCCUAUAAAACUAAUAGUCUUCAUUUCAUUGCUUGAGUCAUUACAUACAAAAAUGUUGAGCUAAUUGUCAAAAUCUGUCAAGCAAAUUUUAUACAUUUCUUCAGCAAUUCUUUUCUGAAAAUGUCUCCUAAAUUAAACAAUUUCUCUCAGGUGAACCUCAGCUUUCACUGAUGAGGAGGAGUGUGUGAAGUAUUAAUUGUAACCAGUGAUAAACCACUUCUCCACAGUCACUCAAAGCUGAAUUCCACGAACCUUCACUUGGCAAACAUAUAUGAACCGAGCAGGACAUAGUGUGUACCAUUUCUACAAUUCUGUGACACAGAAAUGGAAGGUCAACGUCAUGGAAGAGGGGUGAGGAUGCGGGGAGGAAGGGGAAGGGAACAAAACAGGGGAAGAGGGAGAAGAGGCCAAUUAUAUGGGCAGACUCCUGAUGAAAUUAGGGCUACAAUUGUGAGCCAUGUUGUCAAUCACGGCCUCACGAUGGCUGAGGCUGGUCAAAGGGUGCAGCCAAAUGUCGGGAGAACCACUGUAAAUUCAAUUAUUCAAACAUUUUGUCGAGAGAACAGAUGUGUAUAUUGGACAGUAAUUCAGCACUAAACAAUCUGCACUACUGUCAUUGUGUCAUACAUAAGUAAUAAGUAAGUGUGUAUUUUUCUUUUGCACAAUGCUGUGAACAAAUUAGAAUUGCAGUAAAAAUGUGAAACAUACGUAUUCAGUGUCUUGUAUACUCAGUUACCUCACUAAAUACAGUAAUGUGUAACUUUACUGUAGUUUUCAAAUGGCUGUGCAAAUUGUGUAUAGUGCUGUCUUGAAUAUUUUCAGGUAGUGUCACAAAGAUCUGACUUUUUUGCAUUGGAAAACACUUACAGAGUAAACUGUCAUAAUGAAAACAUGACAAAGCCAUUUGAUUCUCCUGUUCAUAAACAAUGGUGUCAGGACUUUUCAUUUUGAUGACACUGACACUUUCACUGACAUGAAUACUUGCUUUUGAGGAAUGAACUAUCCAUUUUGAGCAAGUGACACAGUUUUGCAGGUUAUCAACUAGGUUUUGCAGUUUGCACUAAUUGUUUUGAGAAAUGCACUAACUCUUGUGCAAAUGUUAAUAGUGAUGAGAGAAAUGCACCAAAGCGAUUGAGAAAAACUGUAAAACAGUUGAACAAUGUAUCAUCAGCAACUUUUGAAGAACUGGUCUCAGGAAAUGAAAACUUCAAUCCCUCACGACUUUCACGUUGCUCUCCGUACAGUGUAUUUUCUUCCUGUCACUGUCCUUCAUCACUUUUCUGGUGUGUUUUUUUUCCCUUUGAUGAAAAUGUUUUGUCAGGUCAGAGUCACAUUCCCACCUCUUGUGUUAAUUGCAGGGACAGAACUCAAUUUUGUUGUUUCGUGUGUUAUGUUUUUUCUUUAAAUGUCAGUAAAUUGUAUAUUAAAUCAGUAAGUG